GCAAACUUUACAGGCGAUGUUUCGCUGCUGCUUUCUGCACAUUAAGACGUCGCCAGUGGUACACGGGCAUCAUCGUGACUGCCAACUGGUGCCACCGAUGUCCCCGCACGUGACAUUUCCUAACCAGAUUAAUAUAUUGACUAUAUAGAUUUAAUGAUGUCACGUGACGUCGAAGUUUCACGUGAACACCGUCCACCAACCUAAAGCACGGCAGUGCAACUGUGUAGAGCUAUGUGCAGCGUCUCCUCCACUGUGAUAUGGAAUCGCGGGUCACGGCAAAGAACCGAUAGCGUAAAGGCAUAUAUAUAUAUAUAUAUAUACUGCGCCUUUCAAACGGUGCCAGGGUCUCGGCUUUCGUUGAGCUUUGACACAAAUCUACACCAUCUUUGUUUUUUUCUUCGUUCGGACGAAGGUUGACUCGAGCAGCCGGAUCGGGAUUCCUAUUCCGCUCUCGGCCAAGAAUACACUUGCGCAAGCAAUUUCAUUCGGAAGCCGCGGAGAACGGGUUUUUUCAUUUUUCCAUUUUUCUUAUCGCUGGUCGCGGGUAGGCGUUAGUCACGUAAGUUGCACGUGAUCACGUGCUUGAGAGAGAGAAGGAGCCUCUUGGAUCGCCGCCGCCUUGAUCGCAUCGCAGGCCCGCUCAGUUGGACGGCUUGCGCGGGACGACCAACUUGGUACCUGCCCCCAAAAUGCUGACUGUAAGCCUUCUCACGCUGUCUCUAGCGGCCUAUGCCUCCGCUGUGGCCACGGUCACCGACGCCAACAACUUCAUGGACGCGGUGCUCCACACCAGAAUUCCGGCACUGAUCACGUCGGAGCCCAUUCUUUUUCCAUUCGCGACCAUUCCUCCUUUCAACUUCACGGUGGCCGGAACCAACAUCCUGACGAACCGGGAACUACAAGUGAACGUGUCCCGAGGUGAAAUCCGGGGCUUCAACACUGAGGUGAAGCGUGUGGGAGACUGCAUGCCGCCUGUGCUCAGGGAAGGCAAGACGUCCAUCAGGUGCACCCUCAACUUCACCGGAAUCAACGCUACCUUCGACACGCACACGCGGGGUGACAACAUUGUGGCCUCGGAUAAAAACAUUUGGGUCCGCGCUAGCGUCAUCGACACUACGGGAGAGUUCGAAGCCGUCGCCGAGCGCGGCAAGCAGGGCAAUGUUCACACCUUCUUGGUGGACAAGAUUCACGUGAAAGUCAAGAACGACAAGGCACUCAGCCUGAACGACAAACGCAAGAAGAAGUUCAGGCAGCAUUUCGAGGACAAGGUUCUGACCGUGUUGCCGCAGAUAUUCUACGGCGCCUACCUCCAUCUGCUCGGUGCAGCUGUGAGCUCUGUUCCUUUCCCUCAUGUUUGAUCAGAAAACCCCACCUUUAUUUCUGUUGGAGCUUGAGGUCACGCUGCUACGAUUAAAUUUGGCUUAAGAUCAGAUAGGGUUUCACUCUGAAUCUCGACGUCAUUCACAAUUGGGGAAAGUGAUGGUCCCUAACUUUAACUUAGGUUUUAAGACUAGCUUCAUUCAAUGUAUUUGCCUCGUGCAAUAUGUUAUGUACCACUUGAAGUGUAUGCGUCCAGAGAUCGCUAGAUGUUAUAAUACUUUGUUUUGCAGUAGGAUUCUAUAAAGAUAAAAAUACAGUGAAAACAAGCGCUCUAAGUUCUCUACGUUGUAUGCGAUGCAAAUUUUUCUUGAUAUGAAAUAAAAAUGUCAAAAUACAAGAA